UCCAGAGGCAAUAGAGAAAGUAUUUAUCAAAUCAAUGGCUAAAGGUAUCUGAGAGCUAUUUUUUAAGAACAAGGUCGUAUCAUCAGCCAGUUGGCUGAUGACAAUUUAUACAAGUUGAGUAGCGUUAGUUGUCUGCACGUUAUAAUCAGCGGGAAGACAACAUUGUAGUCAUAGCGCAAAUUAAAAAAAAAAAAAAAUGGUUGAUCAAGCAAAAAUGUCUUCCGUUCAUGUUUUCAGGGGGUUUGUUAACGAGCGACUAGCUGCUGCUGCUGAAGAAAUAUUCGGUGUUUUUGAAAAAACUAUCGUCGAGUACGAGAAAGAGAUCGACCGUCAGCGCAGAGUGUUGGAUAUCGUUUGGAAACCCGAAAUAAAGUUACACCGAAUAGAGCUCCCACAGCAACGUGUCUGUGAGGAGGAGGAGGAGGAGGAGGAGGUUCCUGCUGACCAGCAGCUCUGUAUUCAGGAGAGGAACUCCAGUCUGGACCAAGAGGACCCAGAGCCUCCACAGGUUAAAGAGGAAUUGAAGGAACUCAUUACCAGUCAGGAGGGAGAGCAGCUUGUAGUGAAGCAGGAGACUCCUACUUUUGAGGAAAGUGACCACAGUGGAGAUCAGACUGUGUACUUGAAUCCUGAUGACACUGCAGCAGAGACAGAGUCUGCAGUCAUCAUACCAGUUAUAAGCUCUGUGGUAUCAUAUGCAACCAGUGACCACCCGCUCCUCUCUGGUGAUCAAGCAGAGCCAAAACAACAGAAAAGACACUACAGAACCAGAAGUCACAUUAACAAUGUAAGCAGCCCGAACCUGCCAGAGAAUAACUGUAAUACUGACCAAGGUAAAAAGUCUUUCAAAUGUGACACAUGUGGAAAAGAUUUUAAUCAUAAGGGAAAUUUGCAGAGACACCAGAGAAACAUCCACAAAGAUAAUAGGCCAUUUACUUGUAAAAUUAGUGGAAAACAUGUACAGUCUACUAGUUUGGUGAGCCAUAUGAGAAUCCACACAGUCGAAAAACCAUUUACAUGUAAAAUUUGUGGGUGGGGUUUCAGAUGCAAUAGUAGAUUGAAACAACACUCAACAAUCCACACAGGUGAGAAGCCAUAUUCUUGUAAAACUUGUGGGAAAGAUUUCAGACAACAUUCUAACUUGGUGCUCCAUAUGAGAAUCCACACAGGGGAGAAGCCAUACGCUUGUAAUACUUGCAAGAAAAGAUUUGCUGACCGUUCCACAUGUAAAACACAUAUGAGAAUCCACACAGGUGAAAAGCCGUUUGCAUGUGAAGUUUGUGGAUUGGUUUUCAACCAGCGUGGUAAUUUGAGAAUCCACAUGAGGACUCACACAGGUGAGAAGCCAUACGCUUGCAAUAUUUGCGAGAAAAGAUUUGCUUUCAGUUCAACACGUAAAAUUCAUAUGAGAACCCACACAGGUGAGAAGCCGUUUACUUGUAAAAUUUGUGGGACAUCUUUCAGAUGCAACAAUAUAUUAAAAAAUCACGUGAAAACCCACACAGGUUAGAGUCCACAUUCUUGUGAAAUAUCAGGAAAAAGGUUUCAAAAUGAAUUGUGACUUAAAAAUCCACAAGACAAGUCAGAUUUUACAUCUGAGUUCGGCUGGCUUCUGUUUUAUACUACAAUAAAAUGCAUCAUAUUUGAUGUGAAUGUGCCUUCUUCUUGUCUUUUAUUUUUCUUCUCAUAAACAAACUACCUUAUGUAUAUACCUGUCCCCAUUUGGGCGUUUUCCAAUAAAUGACACGUGAUUUAAAAGAUUUAAAAAGUUUAUUUUGCUGCCAAUGGUGUCACAGCCGAGCUCUGCAACCAGCAAAAUGGUAAACCAGAGCCCUGUACUACGAAGCAAGUUCAACAUACCCAGUAUAUCUUCUCGUUAUUUCACUUCACUGAGCCUAAUGACUGCAAUCUCAGAUAAAUAGUAUCACGAAGGUGGUUUAACAACUUUCUUGGUUACCCAGGCUUUCCCCUUCAGGCUCUGUGCGCGUUCACAUAGAAGGGAGCGUUUGACUCAAUUACCUGAGAA